AUGUAUUACACAGAGGCCAGCACAGACGCAACAUCUCUUCCUCGCACCUUGGGAGAGUUGCAGCUAUACCGUGUCCUACAACGAGCUAACUUGCUUAGCUAUUAUGACACUUUCAUCCAACAGGGAGGUGACGAUGUUCAGCAACUAUGUGAAGCUGGUGAGGAUGAGUUCUUGGAAAUCAUGUCUUUGGUUGGCAUGGCAACAAAACCAUUACAUGUCCGACGGCUUCAAAAGGCACUGAGGGACUGGGCAACCAACCCAGGUCUUUUUAAUCAGCCAUGUUUGAGUAGUGUCCCAAUUAAUAAUAGUAUUCCAUUGUUCAAAAUAUCUGAAACUGUUGGAAGAGGAGUAAGGCUAAGCAAUGGACAUCCCAAUCAAUCUGAUACACAAAAUAAUAGGCCAGGAAAUGUUGGAAAUCCUGAACAGCGUGAACAAUGUGGAAAAAGAUCUCCUCAACUAGACAGAAAAACAUGGACAGCCCAAAUUUCACCCGAAACCGAUGAUGGAGAUGAAGAGGAUAUUGAUGAUGAGGAAGAUGGAAGGGGGGCACUAUAUGGACCACCAGGAAAAAGGCUUGAAGCAGAGAUGGUACAGGUGAUAUCAGAGAGUGUAGAAAGGCUGAUGAAGGGGCUGCCUCGGGGGGAUUUGAGUGAGGCCCACUCCAUGCUAAAACUUAAUAAGAAAUGGGGACGCUCACUGGGUCACAUCUUUAACAUGAGUGAUGGAGAUCAGAGGAAGGAGCGAGAGAUCCGCAGGCACAGUGUUAUUUAUGGAAGGUGUGAAUCCAAGAGACGAGAAGGAAAGCGACUCACAAUACAUGAGCUGACAGUAAAUGAGGCGGCAGCGCAGUGCUGUAUGAAGGAUAACACUUUGCUCCUGCGCAGGGUGGAGCUAUGUUCUCUUGCAAGGCAGGUUGCCCGUGAGAGCUCUUAUCUGGCAUCUCUCAAAUGUUCUCGAUUAAAUGUGGAUGAAAUAGGUGUCUUGCAGGCCAACCUUCUCAAGCAAGAGGCUGUAGAGUUGCCACUUCAGAGCGAAUCAGAAAGUGGGACCACACCGGCACGACCCACCCUGGAAGAGGACAGCAGCAGCAUGUCAGGGGAAAGCGUGGAUGGACACUUACAAGCAAUUGCAGUGAGAAUAGCCUCUUCACCUGGUGCUCCUCCUACAGAUCUGUCAGUAACUCUGCCUCACUCAAGUCCCUGGAGCAGACAACUUAUUCAACAGACUCUAAUAGAUGAAGGUCUACGAUUGGCCAGGCUUGUGUCACGUGAUCGAUUGGGUCGCUUAAGUUUGUGUGUACCUAGUACAGCUCAUAUUUCAGAAUGCGAAGACGGUGGAUCCGAAAGUUGUCCUAGUCUUCCUGUGUCUCCUCAUAUUACAGAACUAAGACCUGGAAAUUGCAAGGGGCAAGAUGAAAACAAAAAUUAGCUCUAACUGAGAUACCUGAGAUCAGAGCACCUGUAACUGGCUAAUCAAAAUGAAGGCAUGAGAUUAAAUCUCCAUCUUUACUGAGCCAUCAAAAGCCAUCAAUGAAAAAAAGCCAUCUUUUUUUGUUGAUGAGAAUUCAGGACUUUGUAUGGCCAAGCCAUCUUCUUUACUAAAAAUGAAGAAUUCUUUAAGGGACAUUUUACUCAGGCAAUCAGCUGAGAAGAUUUCAGUAUAUUCGCAACUGCUAUAGGAAAAGUUUCCUCCAUGGGGAGGUUAAUUUAUUUUGCUGAUCCAUGUUUUAUAAAGCUGGAACUUCAGCACUGAAAUUGUCAGUAUAGGUGGUGGUCAAAAGCAGCUUUUUCAAAUAACAAAAUAAAUAUGAAAUUGCUAUUUGUGAACAGUUUUACACAAGUCAGCAAGCAAAACAGAUGAUUUGGGAACACUUUUAAAGGGAGAAAACAUUACAGUACAAUGCCCCUUUAAUGUAGGAAGUGUUGUAAAAAUUGUUAAGUAUGGCUUCCCAAAUUGGUUUUGUGACAAGUAAAAUAAUUCACUUUUCACAUACUAAAGUGGUAUGUCUGUACAAUAUCUUUACCUUCAGAUUAAUAAGUGUCAAACAUUCAUGAAUUCCUUGUGGACUUGCUCCUUUUUUAAGUUUCACAUUCACUAUAUUGUAUGGAUAUUACCAGUAACACGUAUUUAAGCAAUAAGCAAGUCUUGUGAUCUGCCAGCAAUAUUAUAGUGGCAUAUGGCAGGUGUUGUUUUUACGCUUACGUUGUUCAUCUUUUCACGUAACUUUUGUUUUUGAAGACAUUGUUAUCAAAGAGUUGCUGUUCUAAAAUGGUAGAAAUCAAUCUAGAAGUUGAUAUUAUUAUGAACUGCAAGACACCACAUGUUCACAGCUGUAUUUAUAAAUUGUAUAACAUUGAGUGAACCAAACUUUUAGAAUUGUGAAGCUGUAUAAUUAAAAAGCCACAAUGACGGCAUUCCAGUAGGAGCAAACUUGUUAGUUUCCACUUAAAAUAAGCCCCCACAGGGAUAGAUUACAAGUUAAGCUAAAGUUUGUGCUCCCUCUCCCGCAUUAACCCCGCUAAACUUCGUCUUUUUGUGUGUGUCUGGUUGCAAAUCUAUUACUAGUUGAAAGUAAAAGGAUUUCCCUUGUGCACUAACCCGACGUGUGCAAAAAGCCAAACCGAAUAUCGCGACCACCUUAACCUAUUCUCCCAUAGACUUCAAUAGAGUGUGAAAAGUGUGUGUGUGGGGGGGAACUAACACACUUGUGUGCAAAUCCGAUUGCAUUCUCUCAAGUGUGCUAA